CACACACAUAGAAGUAAGAAGCUAGACCCACCAUAUAAAAGACAGCUAGACAGACAAUAGCCAAACCAGGGAGACACAUCUAAUACAAACAGGCUUGAGAGUGGACUCAUACCAUGUUUUAAAAAAGGACAGGACACAAAACUACCUCAUUUAUAAACUCUGUGCUCUUUGUAUCAAUACAAAGCCCUGACUGGAUAUCAAUUUGAGGCAACCAAACCAUCUAAACACUAAUGAGUGCGAGCAACUCCUCUGCCUACCGGUCGGAGCGCAGUUACCACCAGAAAUCAUCCUCCUCGUCUUCAUCCUCAACCUCAACAAACCCAUACAUGGAAAAGAGCCGGGGACUCUUUGCUGAGGACUUUGGAUCUUUCAUGUGUCCAAAAGAUGCUUUGGGAUUUCCAAACAGAACAGGGACAGUUGGGAACAUCAAGACUCUGGGAGACACAUAUCAAUUCACAGUGGAUGUCCGAGACUUCUCGCCUGAAGAUGUGAUAGUCACCACCUCAAACAAUCAGAUUGAAGUUCAUGCUGAAAAGCUUGCUACUGAUGGGACAGUGUUGAACACUUUUACCCAUAAAUGCCAACUACCAGAGGAUGUGGACCCCACCUCGGUCAAGUCAUGUUUAGGGGCUGAUGGGACUCUCACUAUAAAAGCACAGAGAAACACUGCAAAACUAGAGCACGCACAGACGUUCCGCACAGAGAUCAAAAUUUAGAUCUUUCCCCACCUGCUGUAUCUGUUUCCCUGUGAUAAAUGACCUUGAAAAUAUA